AUGUUACCCUCAGCUUUGGCCCUCUGCCUCUUCCUGGUUGCAGUUUCUUCCAACCUUGCCAUCGCCAUCAAGAAAGAGAAGAGGCCUCCUCAGACACUCUCAAGAGGAUGGGGAGAUGACAUUACUUGGGUACAGACUUAUGAAGAAGGUCUCUUCCAUAUUCAAAAAAGCAACAAGCCACUGAUGGUCAUUCAUCACUUGGAGGAUUGUCAAUACUGCCAAGCACUCAAAACAGUGUUUGCCCAAAAUGAAGAAAUACAAGAAAUGGCUCAGAAUAAUUUCAUCAUGCUGAAUCUCAUGCAUGAGACCACAGAUAAAAAUCUAUCACCAGAUGGCCACUAUGUUCCUAGGAUCAUGUUUGUGGAUCCUUCUUUAACAGUCAGAGCUGAUAUAACUGGAAGGUACUCUAAUAGACUGUAUACAUAUGAACCACAGGAUUUACCAAUAUUGAUAGAAAACAUGAAGAAAGCAUUGAAACUUAUUCAAUCAGAGUUAUAA